GGGAUGAAGCUGCUGAGUUUCUGAGCUGAGCAGACCCAUGAGCAGCAUGUGACUGCGCCCCCAUUUCUGACUCAGGCCUCAGCCCCCCCCGGGCAGCUCUGGGAAAAUGUCCCAGACUCCCAAUGCUGUGACCUGAGCACGGAGCUCGGCUUCCGCCUCAGUCUCUGGCUAGAUAGUAGGGAGAAGGCCCUGCCCUCUGUCUGCUGAGGGAGAGGAGGGGGAGGAUCUCUCUGCCCAUCCCCUGAAGCCUCCUGGCUGCUGGAAACAAGCUGGGGAUGGGAUUCUACUUCUCCCGCCCUCCCAGAGUUAUUUUUCCCCAUGAUGACUGGGAUUGUGGCUGGGGCUGCAGGCAGUGGGUGAGGGACUCUUGUUGUUGCAGAUGCGGGUGACCUUCGAGGAGGUGGCUGUGUAUUUCACCCAGGGGCAGGGGGCGCUGCUGGGCCCCGCUCAGAGAGCCCUCUACAGGGACGUCAUGCAGGAGAACUACGAGGCGGUGACCUCGCUGGGGUUUCCCGUUCCCAAACCUGAGCUGAUCGCCCGGCUGGAACGAGGGGAAGAGCCCUGGGAGCCCGACCUCCAGGCCAGGGAUGAAAGAGAGAUCCUGAGAGGCACCCGCACAGCAGGUGAUGGGACAGGGAGUGAGAAUGAAGAGAGGAACCAACCAAAGGAAGCUUCUGGGGAAAUGGAACCGCAGGCGGCCUUUGUGGGAAGAGCUGAAGGGAAUGUUUCCCAGUGCUUGGAACAGGGAGAGGUCAGGGGAAACUGGCACAGGUCGGAGAGGCUCCUGGGGAACCACACAAGUGAGGAAAUGGAUGAAUCUGUUAAAUGUGGGGAAGGACACAAGCAUCCCACAGCCCCGCAGACAAACCCCAAGGAAGAGAAACACCAGGAAUGGCGCAAUUUUGGGAAGGGAUUUAUUGUGAGCCCAGAGCUUAUUACAGUGCAGACAGUAGAUAAUGGAGAAAAAAACCCUCAGUGCUUGGACAGUGGGGAAGACAUCAAUAACAGCUCAGAUCUUACUACUGAUGGUGGAAGCCAAAUAGUAGAGAGAGGCUCUCAGUGUCCUGAGGGAGGCAACAGUUUGAUUUGGACGUCGGCCCUGAAGACACGAGAAACAAGCCACACAGAAGAAAGACCCCAUAAGUGCGUAGAUUGUGGGAAAACGUUCAAAAGAAAGUCAGCCCUUGUUAAUCAUCUGGUAGUCCACACAGGGAAGAGACCCCACAACUGCUUAGACUGUGGAAAAAGUUUCCUGAAGAGGUCACUCUUUGUUAAACAUCAGGCAGCCCACGGUGGAAACAGACCCCAUAAGUGUUUAGAUUGUGGGAAAAGUUUCAAAUGCAAAUCAACUCUUGUUGCACAUCAGGCAAUCCACACAGGAGAGAAACCCCAUCAGUGCUUAAUCUGUGGAAAAAAUUUCACACAGAGGUCGUCCCUUGUUGUACAUCUGAAAAUCCACACAGGAGAGAGACCCCAUAAGUGCUUAGACUGUGGGAAAAGUUACAUACAGAGAUCAGACCUCGUUAAACAUCGGGCCAUGCACACAGGAGAGAGAUCCCAUAAAUGCUUGGAAUGUGGGAAAAGUUUCACAGGCAGGUCAAACCUUCUUUCUCAUCAGGCAAUCCACACUGGAGAGAGACCUCAUAAGUGCUUAUAUUGUGGCAAAGAUUUCAUAUGGAAGACCUCUCUUGUUGCACAUCAGGCAAUCCACACAGGAAAGAGACCCCAUAAAUGCUUAGACUGUGGAAGAAAUUUUAUAAGGAGACUCGAUCUUGUUUACCAUCAGGCUACCCACACAGGAGAGAGACCCCAUAAGUGCUUAGAGUGUGGGAAAAGUUUCAUACGGAAGAUAGACCUUGUUUACCAUCAAGGAAUCCACACAGGAGAGGGAUCUCACAAGUGCGUAGAGUGUGGGAAAUGUUUCAGGUCACUCUCUGCCCUUGUGUCACAUCAGAAAAUCCACACAGCCGAGAGACCGCACAAGUGCUUGGAAUGUGGAAAAACUUUCAAACGGCGAUUCGACUUUGUUAAGCAUCAGGCAAUCCACACAGAAGAUAGACCGUAUAAGUGCUCAGACUGUGGAAAAAGUUUCAUACGUAGAUCUGACCUUGUUAACCAUCAGCCAAUUCAUACAGGAGAAAGACCCCACCGGUGCUUCCAUUGUGGAAAAAGUUUUACACAUAGGUCAAACCUAACUCAACAUUUGGCAACCCACACAGGAGAGAGACCCCAUCAGUGCUUAAUCUGUGGGAAAAGUUUCACACAGAGGUCAGCCCUUGUUUUACAUCAGAAAGUCCACACAGGAGAGAGACCCCAUAAGUGCUUAGAUUGUGGAAAAAGUUUCAAAAGGAAGCCAGAACUUAUUCAACAUCAGGGUAUCCACACAGGAGAAAGACCUCACAAGUGCUUAGACUGUGGAAAAAGUUUCACGCAAAGGGCAGCCCUUUUUACACAUCAGCCAAUCCACACAGGAGAAAGACCUCAUAAAUGCUUGGACUGUGGGAAAAGUUUCAAAUGGAAGUCUGGCCUUGUUUCACAUCAGAAAAUCCACACGGGGGAGAGACCCCAUCAGUGCUUAGACUGUGGAAGAGGUUUCAUAAGGAGGUCAGAUCUCAAUAAACAUCAAUUAAUCCACAGAGGAGAGGGAAACGAUAAGUGUUAAGUUGUGGAAAAUCUUUCAUAUGGAGAACUGACAUUCUUAAACAACAGGCAAUGCACACGGGAGAGACAGCUCAUAAUUGCUUUGACUAUGCAAAACAGUUUCAUAUGGAAGUGAGCCUUUGUUUCACAUCAGAAAAUCCACACGGGGGAGAGACCCCAUCAGUGCUUAGACUGGAAAAAGUUUCAUAAAAAUAUCAGCAACCCUUGUCAAACAUGAUGUAGUCCACACAGGAGGAAGAUCACAAAAGUGCUUCGACUGGAAAAAGUUUUAU